AUGAAUAGAUUUAAGAUAUUUGAUUCUUUUUGUGAUUUAGUCCUGUUAUUUACAAAUUUUGAGAAAAUUUGUUUUCACUUGGCAUGCUAUCUAGGUUACGGACGAAACCAGAGGAAUUUAUGUGGUAGUUUCUAUCCAAAACCGAUGGUAACUCCAGUUCAUAGAUUUCAAUCAAUAGAAGGUGGCUUACGUAAUGGUAGAUCUGGAUAUCAUGCUAGGUUACCACUACAUUGUUCCACAUCUGUUCAUUACAAUGGCUCCGGCAGUAAUAUUCGUAUGCCACCAAAUGUGGCUAGAUCUGUGGAAAUGGUGGAUACUGGACAAUCUCAAGUCACAAGGCACAAUGUAUCUCCAACUUCCAGAUUAAAAUGUGGUGUUUGGAUUUUUUUUGCUUUAGUUACAUUUUUUUUAGCAGGGGCCAAAUACUAUUUCCAUGGAAUAAACAUAGGAGUUGAAGUUCUUGUAUUUUGUUCUCUACUUGUGGUCGUUCUUAUUCUUGGUGGUUUAAUAUCCUUGUGUGAAGCUAUUGUAUCCUAUUCUCCUGCUAAUACUCGUUCAGAAAUGCCAGUUAUGAGAAUCAUUGAAGAGCAAGAAAUUGAAGAUCCUCAAGACCAGGGUAGCCCAACAAAUAAUACCACUUCUGAAUUGCCACCUCCUCCUUACCAUAUAGCAGUGAUGUUAGCACCCAGAAAUGAUCUGGAUACUAUACAAGUUAUUAGAGAUUCUCCACCACCUACUUAUGAAAAAGCCGUAACUUAA